UGGCAGGUGACUUUUCCUUUAUUCAAUUUAUAUUUAAUUUCUUUACACCCUUUCCCAGUUCUCACGCAAUUCGAUACCUUUUUUGUUUUAACGUAUUUUUUACAUAAUUACAUUUUCUUUUAUUGGUUGUUAAGUGGCUGAGCCUGAAACAAGAACAGAUUUUUCAAGUAAAAUAAUAGUAUUUUGUGAUAUUGGUUGUGCGGCAAAAUUUAAUAUUAAUUCUUUCUCUCUUUAAAGAAAAAAUAAUUUUUAUAUUAUUUAUUCCCCUUUAAAAAAUUAAAGAAAAUGGCUGCCCAUGUCCAGCCUUCAAGUGAUAAACAACACAAACUUUAUCAGCUUGUUGAUAUGCAUGGAGGAGGGGAACUAAUAAAAUGGAUGCGUUAUGCAAGAAAAGGGGGAGAUUAUGCUAUUGUUGAUGGUUAUUUUGAAACAACAAUAAAACAAGCAAUGUAUCAGGCGGGAAAAGGAAAAUUACAAUCUGUGGCUGAAUUAGUUAAAUCGAGAAAUAAGGAAAGAAAUGAGCAUUUGGGAGCUUUUUCAAGAAAGAAGGGAAAAGGAAAGAGCGGCCCGAAUAUUCUUGAUGAUUUUAAUCAAGACCAAGAAAAUCAGGGAGAUUUAAAAAAGGCCCUUAAACUGUUAGAUGGAGGCAAAGGUGGAAAAGGAGAUGCAAAAUAUCGAGAAAUUGUUUGGAAAAUAGAAGAGAGAGGUUCUAUGGGAGAAAAUUUAGUUGGUUGUUGUUUAAUGCAAGGAGGGCCAAUACAUACAGAAUUGGCUAUUAGAUUACUUAAUCAAUUCCCUAAAUUAGUUAAUGAUGUUAUGCUUUCUGAAGAUUAUUAUGGUUUAUCUCCAUUACAUCAAGCUAUUGUUAAUGAAGACCCUUCUCUUUGUAAUUAUUUACUUCAACACGGGGCUGAUGUUAAUCAACGGUGUUAUGGGGCUUUUUUCUGUCCAGAUGAUCAAAAAGGAAGUAGAACAGAUUCUUUAGAACAUGAAUAUGUUGAAUUAAGUUUAAAGACUGAUUAUGGAGGUCGAAUGUAUUUUGGUGAAUAUCCUCUUGCAUUUGCUGCUUGUACCAAUCAAUUUGACUGUUAUCGUUUACUUAGAGCUAAAAAAGCUGAUCCUAAUUCUCAAGAUACAAAUGGAAAUGCCUGUUUACACAUGACUGUUAUCCAUGAAAAUAUGGAAAUGCUUAAAUUAGUAUACGAUACAGGUGGUCGUCUACAAUUGGCUUCUUCAAUUGCUUAUCCUCUUGCAAAAAUAGAUACAAUUAAUGAAGAAAAUGGAAAUUUAAAUGAAAAUUCUGCUUUAUAUUUAGUUGUUUAUGGGGAAAGUGAGGCACAUUUAGAAAUGCUUGAUGGACUUUUAGAAGAUUUAUUAGAUGCAAAAUGGGAGGCUUUUGCUAAAAGAAGAUGGUUUAUGUCUUUAUUUGGAUUUUGCUUUUUUUAUAUUAUAUUUUCAUUAGCAUAUAUGUGUAGACCAUUCUCUGCAACAACUUGGGUAGUAACUGGUGGAAAUAUUUCAUAUAGUGGAGAAGUAGUGAAUAAUGGAAGUAUUAGCCCUGUUGAUAUGGUAUCUUUUGUCAAAAUGGAGGAAGCUCCAAUAAUGGAUAGUGGACUUUUUGGUUUUUCUUUACAUUCUCCAUUUUAUGAACAUCCUAGAUGCCAUCUUUGGCAUUAUACUGUUUUUGGAAUUCAAGGAUAUAUUCGUAUGGUUUGUGAACCUUUAACUAUUGCAAUUGUUCUCUUCCAAUUAGCUGGAGAACUUUGGGAUAUAUACAGUAUUGGACAUGUUCGAUGGUGGCAAAUUUUAAUAACAUUUCCAACAAAAAUUUUUUACAAAAUGUCGUUGCUUUUAAUUAUUGGUGUCGUUCCCAUACGAUUUGCUUGUGGAUUAGGCGAUUUUAUGCUCUUUUUGGAUAAUAUGUUUUCAAUUUCUGCUGUCGUUUUAAUUUCUCUUCAUUUUUUGUAUUAUUGCCGAGCUGUUAAAUUUGUUGGACCUUUUGUCUUGAUGAUAUACAAAAUUAUAACCCAAGAUUUACUUCGUUUUUUCCUUAUUUAUUUUGUGUUUCUUUUUGGGUUCUCUCAAGGAUUUUAUAUCGUUUUUCUUUCAUGUGAACGUGCUCGAUUAGAUCGAGUAGUAGCUGGCACUUCUGAUCCAAAAGAUGCUACUUCUAAUAUUAUAAAAAAUCCAUUUGAAGCAGUUAUUCGUGUUUUUAUUAUGACAACAGGGGAAUAUCAAACAUUUUAUGGGGAUAUGAGUACAUGUCAAGAGCCAACAAUGUCUACAAUUGGAAAAAUUCUUUUCUUUAUUUAUGAAGUAUUCUCUAGUUUAAUGCAAUUUAAUGUUUUAAUUGCAAUGAUGACAAGAACAUAUGAAAUGAUUUAUGCUACUGAAAAAGAAUGGAAAAGACAGGCAAAUUAA